CCUUCUUCUUCGACACUAGUUCCGAUCGAACACAGAGAUUGAUGAUAUAUAUACUGAACUGACUUGGUUCUCCGACAAUAAAACAUAUCUCUGUUUCCUCAUUGGAUCUUAGAUACCCAGAAGCUUAAAAGCCAAGAAGAACACAACGAAAUCAAUCCGAGGUAAUUAGUUGUCGGGAGCCAGGAGGAGGAGGAAGCAUGGGAGAGGUCUUGACAUGGAUUAUUUCAUUCGUCAUCCUUAUCACUCUUGUCGGACUCAUCGUCUAUCAGCUUAUUAGCUUAGCUGAUCUCGAGUUUGAUUACAUCAACCCUUACGACUCUGCAUCAAGAAUAAACUUUGUGGUGUUACCAGAAUCCAUCCUUCAAGGAUUUUUAUGCGUGUUCUACCUCUUUACGGGUCAUUGGUUCAUGGCACUCCUCUGUGUUCCUUAUCUCUACUACAACUUCCAUCUUUACUCGAGAAAACAGCAUUUGAUAGACGUCACGGAGAUCUUCAACUUGCUCGAUUGGGAAAAGAAGAAACGACUCUUCAAGCUCGCUUACAUAGUCCUCACUCUAUUUCUCACCAUCUUCUGGUUAAUCUAUUCAACACUUGAUGUUUACGAGGAAUGAACCGUGCUUGAAGAUACAUCGCUCGGUUUGUUCAAACUCCCUCUCUUGCUACUUGACACUGAGCUUGAAGAGA